AUGUCAACCAAUCCUUAUCAUAAAGAGCUACAAAUUGCUACUUUAGCUGUUAAAAGAGCCUCGAUUUUGACUAAACAAUUAAGUGAUUCUAUAUCUCAAGCGGGAACAAUCACAAAGGAUGACAAGUCCCCAGUUACGAUAGGGGAUUUUGCCAGUCAAGCUAUCAUAAAUCACGCCGUCAAAUUGAAUUUUCCCCAAGAUGAAAUAGUUGGGGAAGAAGAUUCACAGGAUUUACAAAAUAACAAAGAGUUGUCAAAUAAAGUUUUACAAUUAAUUGAAAACGUGCAAAAUGAAACAAAGGAUUAUGAUUCAUUAAUAGGUGAUCUUACAAACACCGAAUCAGUAUAUAAAAGUAUUGAUUUUGGAAAUUCACAGGGUGGAUCAAAAGGAAGAUUUUGGGCUUUAGAUCCAAUCGAUGGAACAAAGGGAUUUUUAAGAGGUGAUCAAUUUGCUGUUUGUUUAGCAUUGAUAGAGAAUGGGAAAGUUGUACUAGGUGUUAUAGGGUGUCCAAACUUACCAAAAGAAGUCAAAUCAAAUACCGAUCAAUCAGGAGUUGUUGGUGGUUUAUAUUCUGCCGUUAAAGAUUUGGGUGCAUAUUAUUCAGAUUUAUUUACACCUGGAUUUAUCGAAUUGAGUAAGCAAAGUAAAAUAAAAAUGACAGAGCAUACAUCUCCAUCUCAAUUAAAGGUGGCAGAAGGUGUUGAAAAGGGUCAUUCAUCUCACUCAACGCAAGCGGAUAUAAAGUCAAAAAUUGGUUUUAACCCAGAUACGGUAAAAGAACAAACAAUAAAUCUCGAUUCUCAAGUGAAGUAUUGUAUAUUAGCGAGUGGUCAAGCUGAUAUUUACUUAAGAUUACCAAUAAAUGACGAAUAUAGAGAAAAAAUUUGGGAUCAUGCUGCAGGAAAUAUAUUAAUUUAUGAAGCUGGUGGUGAGGUUGGUGAUAUAUAUGGAAACCCAUUAGAUUUUGGGAAAGGAAGAUUUUUACAAUCAAAAGGUGUUAUAGCGGGUAAUAAGAGAAUAUUCGGUAAAGUUAUAGAUGCAGUUAAGGAUGUAUGUAGAUUAUAA